AUGCCCUUCUCGAGCAUGGGCAGCGGUCUCAGGGGUAGUUUGGACCUGCAGAACCUGAACAGAGACGAGCUCGCGACUCUGGGCAAGGAGCUCGAAAAACAGGAGCAACUGGUGAAGCAGCUCAUGACCGUACAUCGGGCGCACUUCAUGGCUCGUUUUCCAGCUGGAAAAUUGCGGGAAGGCUCCAAUUCCCCUGGCUCACUUCAGCCUGACUGGGUCACGUCACUCCAGGACAACAUUUUGGACCAAUUGAAACCUCCCAACGAGCCGGACGCGCCUCGUUCAAGCCACUCCGUCUUCAGCAAUUUCAACGGUUCUGGCGCCGGUAGAGGCGAAGAAGGCGUUGUUGUGUCACUCCCGGGCGAACGGAAGCAUUAUUUACAUGCAAAUGAACGGGAGCAGCAGCUUCAGCUUCAGCAGGAGGUGCGCGAGGGCCAAGGGUCACAUGCCUUGAGGGCGGGUACGGCAGCCGCUGUUGACCAGGUCGGAGCUGGCGAGCAGCAGCAAAUUACACAUGCAUGGAGCAGGUCCCUGGCCGUGGCCACCACCACCACCACCACCACCGCCGCCGCCGCCGCUGCCGCCGCCGCUGCAGCUGCAUCACCCAUAGCUGCUGCCGCAACGGGCCGAUGGGAUCAUCACGAUGAUAUUCCAGAGCCCCGCGAUGCUUUGACAAGACAGCUACAUCAUUUGCCGCCGCCGCCGCCGCCGCUGCCGCCGCCGCUGGCAUUGGCGCACUGCGACGGCCUGUCGCGGCAGCCACCCCAGCUGCCGCCGCCGCGGCCGGGGCCUCGGCUUGGUUGGCGGUGGCCUUCCGCUGGACAGCUCUGUACGGCACGGUCACGUGGAUCCAGCGGAUCUGGGUUGGCUGCGGCGGCACUAGUGCUGCUGCUGGUUACUAAACCCCUCAACAGCGCACCAUUGGAGGGCCCCUCCUUCCCACUUCCCACUUCCGCCCUCGGACGUCUCAUCCCCUGCACCCCGUGA